CUUAGGGAAUGUUCCGUUGUUUUUUCACUUUCAGUCAAAGAUGUAUACUUUAGCCAGAUGGAGCAGUUGAUCAGGAGUGAAAAACAUCAUCCUGCAUAUGUUUCAGGAUGUUGUAGACCUGCUACUGAACUACUGGGUGUCUCGGAAAGAUCAUCAAACAGGUACAUGAAGAGAUGAAAAUGGAAGAACAGAUGGAAGACAAGGUCCUUCAUUAAUACUACCAGAAACUUGCAUACCUGAUGGAAGUGAAAGAGGAAAGUCAAGAACUGAAUGAAGUGGAGGAGAAACAUCAGUAUCAGGAAGCUCAUAAUGUCACAACUGGAGAAGAAUUAUAUAGUUGCUCACAGACUAAAAACAAUCUCUUAGAAAAAAGAACAGAAAUCAAAAAUUCUUUCACAUGCCCUCAUUGUGGAAAGAGUUUUCUGCGUAAAGAAGCCCUCAAUAAUCACAAAAGAAUUCACUCCGGAGAAAAACGUUUUACGUGCCAGCAUUGUGGAAAGAGUUUUCGGCGUAAAGGAUUCUUCAAUGAACACUUAAGAAUUCACACCGGAGAAAAACCUUUUACAUGUGACCAGUGUGGAAAGAGUUUCACGCAUAAAGGAAACCUUAAGAGUCACAUAAAAAUUCACACUGGAGAGAAGCCGUUCACCUGCCCUCAGUGUGGAAGGAGUUUCAAAUGUAAUGGAAAACUUAAACAUCACUUAAGAAUUCAUACUGGAGCUACGCCUUUCACGUGCCAUCAGUGCGGAAAGAUUUUCACACAAGCGGACAGUCUUAGAUAUCAUUUGCUCUCUCACGCAGGAGUAAAGCCAUUUAAAUGUGAUCAGUGUGUUAAAACAUUUAUUUUGGCAUCAUACCUAAAGAAACACAUGCAAGUUCAUGCAAAUGAGAGGCCUUACUUGUGUUCGCUUUGUGGAAAGAGUUUUUCACGGCUGGACUGUUUUAAAAUGCACCAUAAAGUACAUACUGGUGUGAAAGCUCAUGUGUGCUCUGAGUGUGGGAAUAGCUUUAGUAGAGCUAGCGACUUGGAACGGCACCGAAGAAUCCAUACUGGAGAAAAACCUUACAAGUGUUCACAAUGUGGAAAGAAUUUCAAUCAGUUAGGACACCUGAAAAUCCACGAGAGAGUGCAUACUGGAGAGAAGCCAUACCACUGCUCUUUAUGUGGGAGGAGUUUCAGCACAUCAAGUGCUCUACUGAUUCAUAAGAAAAAGAAUUGUCCAAAGUGUUUAAAAAAAUAGUAUGAAGUUCAGAUAAACCCAAAGAUGGAAUUUCUUCCUAAAGAGUAGUUUUAUCUACAGUAUGAGGGUAAUUUGCUAAAAUACACUACCCCUAUUGGUGACGUUUGUACCAGAAAUGUAUAAUCGUGUAUUGAUUGAACUAUUCAUUGAGCACAGAUAACAAAUUACUUGGGACGGAUCAGUUCAAAGGAUAUUAACAUUACAUUUUAGCUGUUUUAAUACUGUAGAUUACUGCUUUUGAAAGGAACCUUUACUAGUCCAGAACAAAAAAUAUUUUCACCACUGCAACACUGCUAUUCAGUGUCAUCAAUAUCCUGACUUUUUCACUCACAUUUGUGGAAUACUGUUUUCUAUUCGACUGUCUUGUGUUAAUUAACUUACCGUGGGUCUAAAUUCAAUCUGAAUUUAUUUGACUGUUUAAUAAACCAAUUUAUUUGGACAAUCCAAAUGGCAUAGUUAAUGUCUCUACGAAGAUACUACAAUUAUAACAGCGUCGACUCGUACAAGUUAGCAUACCAUAGCUUUAAUGAUCUCCAUGGUAUUAAUUAGCUGAGGACAUGGCCAUGACGUUUCUGAAACGUUAGCCAAAAUUCUUGAAAAUACGACCUUAUCAAAUACAUCUUUAGAACAUUUUCUAUAUCUAGAACAUAAUGUAAUGUCAUGCUGAAAAAAAUUGCUGUAAAACAUUUUUUGUAAGUAAAUGGUUGCAGCUCUUUGCCGGUAGUGGUGAACCUCUGGCAAACCUUUGGCAACAAUGGACAAUUUGCUGCGAGUUUGCCUCAAAGCUCCUUUGCAUUUGAAAAUUAUCAGUCGCAAAUUUGCCAUGAACUCUCGAUUUUUGUAAGGGGACUUACUGACUAUGUUGUCAGAAAGUACUGUGCUUUCUAUCGGGAAGACACGCAGGCUUGAGUGAAGUUUAAGAUGCCAUUUAUUUGAUAAAUGUAAAACAGAAAGUAAUGUCUCUCUCUUUGGCGUAGGCCCCGUCCGGUGGUCCUAGGGAGUUGUACGCGGAACCGUCAUGUCCUGCCGGAGAUAGGAGGCAAGGGCGAGGAGCCUACCCCCGUGCGGGACAGAGCUCAACUUGUGGUGGUGGAGGUUGCCGUGUUGGCACACUGAAACAGCAAUGUGAUAGAUUGUGAGCAGACUUGUAAAGCAAUGGCUUACAUAAUAAUAAUAAUAAUAAAUGUAAUUUAUAACGCACUUUACAUCAAUUCAAUGACCUCAAAGUGCUACAAUGCAAUACAGAAUAAAAACAGAAACAUUAAGAUAACACUAUUAGCAAUAAAAGGCUUUACUAAAAAGAUGGGUUUUAAGGCCUUUUUUAAAAGAGUCCACAGACUGUGGGGCCCUUAGA